GUGUUGGAACACGACUGUUUACUGUUUAUUUUACAUUUAAAAUGAUAUAUGGAAACCCAAUGUGUAUGAAUAUUGAGAGCUUUUGAGAACUCAUUGUUAUUAAAUCAUAAGUGAAAGGAAUAAUGGCGAUUCCACCGUUUCCAUCGCAAGAUUUAGCUAAGCUUGUUCUGGGUUAUCUUGCAGAGGAACAGCUUAUGACUGCUUACGAUGAAUUCCUUCAAGCUAGUCCCUAUUUAGAUGCCCUUAGAAAUGAGUAUGACAGGAUUUUAAUGACAUCACUGAAACAUAUUCUGGCGGAGUAUCGAGCGGUUAAAAUUUACGUGGAAACCUGUAAGCCUUUUGCGCUAAGAAAAAAAUUGCUGCAGUGUUACAAUUUAUUGGAAAUGGUGAAAUUUCUUAUACAAAAUGUUGAUAUCAAUAAGCUAAAUGAACAGGAGCAAAGUUUUGAAAAAUCAAGUUUUACUAAGAAUGUAAAUAUAGUGCCACCAAGUAACCCGGUACAACCGAGUCCCCAGUCUUCCAGCCAAAUAGAAAAUUCAACAUUGGACAGUUCAGUGGAGGCUACUUCUUUAGAAGAUCUUCCAGGAAAUUCAACAAUUAAGAAAAAAACUUUAAAAGCAUUAGAUACAGAAACAAAAAACUCACAUCCAAAUGUUGAUUGUCAAAAUAAAGUAUGUCCGAUGUCGCCUGCAAAUGUAAAUACAACUCCUUUAUUGGAUGAAGUAAAAAAUGCAACAGUGAAUCCACAAACGGGACCAAAUGUUGAUUUGAUGAAAUGCAAUAAGUCAGAAUCUGUUCAAAAAAUUGAAGAAUUCAACAAUAUUUUAGACUAUGUAUGUAAAAAUGGCAACGCUGAACAAAACACAUAUACAGUCAUAAAUAAUGUCACAAAUCAAAACCAAAGAUUAUCAACUGCUGGCACAUUUCAGGAUUUUGCAACUGGUAUUUAUAAUAAUGGCUCAGUUCACGUAUCUUAUUCCAAUACGACUAGUAAUAAUAACGCGCAGGCGCCUUUAAUAAGAAAUACUAGUAACACAUAUGUUAAUAUUGGAGGCUUAACAAAGGAAGAGUUAAUGUCCAAAGGUCAUUUAGUACUGACAGUCGACAGCAGUAAAAAUUCCCAAGGGCUCCCACUGAUAACAACUUCCUCUCCAACAAUAACACAAGCCAAUAAAAAAAUGGAUAUUAGAAAACGCGAAGAAAAUAAAAUAAAGAUUUUAUCAGAUGUUAUUGUGGACAAAUCAUAUGAAAGUUUGAGUGGAAAACACAAAAUGCCACCGGUUUUAAGCAACGCAACGUCGACUCCGUUUCAGAUGCCAAAUAUAUUAAUAAAUGGUACACCAGCUUAUAAAAAUAACGUGAAAUCCCAAUGUUUGGCAAAAUUUAAAUAUACCACAGAUGAAAUAAUGGCAAUGCCAACAAUUAUUCUUGUUCCUGCAUCAGUUUCAGGAACACCCGCAACUUCAACGGAUUCAGGAACGGUAGCUCCAUUAUCUAUGGAUCCCAAACCACUUACAGUUACUUCAAGUUCUUCCCAAGAUUUACUAAAACCACUUUUAAUUGAUGUAACAUCCCCAGUUAUAGAGCCGCCAGUGAGUUCAAAUAUAGCAACCAGUGAACAAAAUAAUAUUCAAAGUAUUGAACAGAAUCUUAUCAAAACAGUGGAAUCCACCGAACAUGUUUUGAAAUCUAAAGAUAAUACAAUUAAUACUACAACAAAUUCAACGUUACCGAAGACAACUACUCCACAAGGUUUAUUGCCCAAUAGGAAGUCAUCAUCAACUCCCCGUAGAAAUUCCCACGUUAGAGUUUUAGAUUUUACAACACCGAGGAGAAUAUUAACCGAGACUAUUAACGAACAAAGUCCAGAAAGGAAUUGCUCUGAAAAUACAGAAUGUAAUGAAGCAGUUCCCCUGCCUUGUAAAGAACCCAAGAUCCAAAUGGACAACACUGUCCCAGAAAAAGUUACAAGUAUAGAAAAUACGGAAUGUCCAAAAUUAAAAACAAACGUAGCAAAAGAAAACAAAGUGAUAACUAAAAAAAACUGGGAUGCUGAUAUCCGAGCUGCUGCAGUAUGUGGAAUAAAUACCCCAGUUAAGCCUAUACCAAAGCAAAAAAAUAAACCGAAAGAAAAGGCCACAAAAAAGAAAAACUCAGAUAAAGUUAAGAAUUCCAAAAAAAUAGCAAAUAAAGAUACGAGUAAAGAAAAAAAGAAAAAAGACAAGUCAGAUUCUAGAGAUUAUACAGAAAAUGAUGUUAAAAAAAGUGAAAAGGCACCCCCGGUAGUUAAGGCUAAUGUAAAUAUUAGGAGUGAUAAGAAUAUUGUUGAAGAUAAAAAGAUUGUUGAAGAAAAAAAUAUUGCAGAAGAUAAAAAAAUUGUAGGAACUAAGAACAUUAUAGACGAUAAAAAGAUAGACGAUAAGAAGACUACAGAUGAUAAAAAUCAAAUCAAUUUUUAUGGUAGUACUGAACAAAUUGAUACUCCUGAAAAUGAAAGAAUAGCUUUACAAAAUGUGAUUGGAGCCAAACUAAACAUAUCAGACUUAUUAGAAACUCCAUAUAAACAAGUUCUGUAUGACAUUCAAAUGGAUACACCAAAGUUUUUAGGUACAGAUUUACCUGACGAACCAAUGUCGGAAGUGAAAAUAAUGAGUAUUCCCACUCCGAGGUUUCUUCGCGAUUCUAAUGAAAAGAAUUCUACACCGUCUUGCUGUUAUUCUUCUAGACCCACUGAUUAUUCUAGUGGUGGAUCCUACUACAAACCUGAUGAUCAAGAUUUUAUAAUUUGUACUGAUGUGCCGGAGAGUCCGCUGCGACAAGAAGAAAAUAUUAAAUCCAAUAAUGAUAUAACAUCAACCAAACAACCUGCAGUAGAUAAUGAGAAAAAUAAUAAAGAAAAUAAGUCCGGUAGACCUGUGAGACAAUGUACGAAAAAUGUUUCUUACAAUCCACUACUUUUAGGUAAAGGUAUGCCCUUAAAAAGUUAUGCUCAGAGUUGUGUACCUAAUGACGAUAGUCCUGACGAUAACGCUUCAGAUAAUCGUGUUAGUUCUAAAAGUUCAAAAGACACUACAGUAAAGGAAAAAAGAAAACAAGAUACAAAUAAAAGUAAGAAAUCCGUAAAGAAAAUUAAAUCCCCCAUUAAAAGAGAUACCCCAAAAACCUUUAUGAAGAUAAAACCGAGAAGAACUACACCGACGAAAGAAAUACUAGGAGGUAAAAGUAGAAAAACAUCAGAAUCAUCAAACAAACAGAAAAAAACUAACAGCAAGGAGAGAAAUGAAAAUUUAACCCCCGUAACCGCAUCAAUACCUACAAAGUCAAGAAGAAAAUCAUCGACGCCUAGAAAACUUCAUUGUACGAAAACAUUCAACUCCGAAAGUUCCGACCACACCUCUCCUGAAACUGACAAACCAAAGCAAGACAAGUCGCAAGAAGAUCGCGCUCGGUCACACGAGUCCGAUGUUGAACAAAUGCCCCUAAGGUGGUCGGACGACGGCUCUCAAGAAAAGGCUUUGAAAAAUAAACAACUCAAACCUGACUCUUUAUCUGUAACCGAAACUGAUGACAUAUCCAAAAUUAAAGAAUACAUCGAAACAUGCGCUACAGAGAAAUCAGAAAUCAAAGAUGGUGAAGGUAGUUUACAUAUCGAUUUAAUUAAAAGAGGUUUUGAUGUUGAAACUGCUAAAAAAUUAGAAAGAGAUUUACUCGAUUCGCCGUGUGCUAAACGAGAAACAGAUGUGCCAACAGAAUUUAUUGAAAUUAAAACUCAUGUUUCUGAAAGUAUUACUGGUAGCGGAGAUUCUUAUAGCCUAAAAAUAGAGGAUGGUGAUGAUGAAGAUGAUGAAGAAAUAGAACUAUCUAUACACGAAUGUAAUGAGGAUACCGUCAAUUAUAUUCAUUACGAGUAUGAAGAUGGUGAUGAGAAAGUAUCGCGGCCACAAUCAAAAUUAAAGGAUAACUAUUCAAUGGAAAUUUGUGUAGACGAUGGUGUUACGAUAAGGUUAAGAGCGACAACAUUUAGCGUAUUGCUAGACCAAGAUCCCCAAGAAAUGGAGGUUAAGUACAAUUACAAAGAAACAGCAAUGGCUGUAUCUUCAAUAUCUAACUUUGACAAAUUGUAUACACCAUUGAAAGACCAUAAAGCCCAAAUGUAUGAUAUUUUCGACUCUACAUUAACGAGUUUGGACACACCGUUAAAAAUCCGUAAUUCUAUAUCACCGGAUUGUGAACGUAACAAUGUUACUGAAAUUUCAUUGGAAGUUGAAAAAGUGGAAUAUGUCGAGAAAACUGAUUUAAAAAAGAGGAAACGUUUACAAAGUGGAUCAUCAGAGGAAUCGAUAAAUUGCAAUAAAAAAACCAAAAGAGAUACACAAUAUCUUUUAAAUACAACGAAUAUUCAGAAUAUCGAUAUAGAGUCUGUUUUAAGUAAGUUACAUGGCCCCUGAGAGUCUCUUAGUAUUUUUUUUUAUAAUUA